UGUUUAAAUUAUGGUUAUCGGAUGUAUCUCCUUUUUAUCUUUAUCCUACUUACUGCUCGUCCUGAGUUUCUCAAGCCAUUCCUCACCGGGAAACCAGAAACCACCAGUCCUUCCUCCCACACUAUCGAGUAGCAAUCUCCUCCAAAAGGAAGGGCUAACACGCCGUUUCGUUGAGGACAGUCAUCGACGACUUGAAACAUUCCAUGUCAGGCUACAUGCAAAUGGGUUUUGACCUUCAGCCUAGCACUGCUGGCAGUACCUAUCCUCUCAAGCCAACGAUACCCCUAUUGCCCCG